AUGGAGCACCAGCUGCGCCAGCUGCUGCACUUGGAGCACUUCAUGCCCAGCAGCUCGGGCUUCUUUGCCGUCGACAGCGGCCAAGACCCCGCUCAUUUCCCAAACGGCGGGUUGUUCGUCGAGCACGUCGGCGCCACCGAUGACAGCGGGUGGGUGGAGGGCCUCAUGCAGCUGGGCGAGGAGCUGUUCGGUGGCCAGGCCGAUGGUGAUGAUGUCAAUGGCACUGGCAUCAUGGCGACGAGCAUCACUACCAGUAGUGGCAGUGCAAGCGACAAUGGUGGCUCCCUAGAUGGUCUGCCACCGAGCAUAUCCACAUGA